AAUAAAAAUCCGGAUGUAUUCCAAGAAACCGUUGUUCAUGGCAACCAUGGAUAAUAAUAUAAGGCCAGCAGACGUCAGUAUUGACGCAAAUAGGAGUCUUCUUCUAGAACUUCUCUUUUCCAUUCAUCUUUGUCUUGUAAAAAUGUCAGAUGUAUGGCCUUCAAGUUCCAAUGAUGAACAGCAAACUUCUGAGUCCUUUCAGAAUUGUACAGACUUGACAAAAGGUCAACAUGAAACGGAAGUAUUUGAAGGGGAGGAAAGUGAAAUACCCAAACGUUAUAAUUCAUGCCCGAAGAAUCCAGGCCAUAAACACUUUAUUCCCAUUACACAAUUUAAAAUGACAGAUCUGCCCAGAGGUUACCGUGACAUUGAGUUGUUCGAAUUCAUCAAAGCCACAGCAGACCGAACAGUUCGAAUCAAGGUACAAAAGGUCAGUCCAAACAGACCUAAGUUUUGGCCAAACAGCAAAGACGAGUAUCCAUUUUGCAAUGCGCAAGACGAUGCCUGUAUGAGAAUGGGCACUGGCGAGAUUAAAGUCUACAAGUUUAUAGAUGGAUGCGGAUAUAACGGACGUGGUAGAAAUUAUAAUUUUUUGUCUGGAGAUAGAUACGAACGAGAGUACAAAACCUGCCCUUGUGAGAAAUGUAAGCAAUCAGACAGGCCCAAAAAUACCUGGUGGGAAAUAUUUAUCCACACGGCCGCUCAUGUUGUUUUUGACGACUCAGAGGCCAGCCACACGACAUUAUUAUUAUUCUAUGACGAGCACGAUAGCUCGAGUUGCCAGGUGAACCUUGGUAAUGUGAGUGUUGAAAGCGUGAACGUUGAAAAAGACAAGAGCAAGUUGAAAUGCGUGACGUGUGACGAGAAGCUUGGCAACAGACUGUACGAGCUGAUGAGGCAUUUUUGUGAGCUCUGGAAGAAAGUCAAAGAUAAAUACAAAAAGAAAUCAAAAUUCACGUUUAUCGUGUCCCACCCCCACGGCUGCACUAAACAGGUCAGCGUUGGGGAGUGGGUGGGCAAUCAUAAGUUUGGGGACUACAGUGGCACAUAUGAUCUGACCAAGCUUACGUACACGACAAGUACAUGUCCAGGCAGCAGUGGAGCCGCUGUCCACUGCAUUGGGUUUGGCACUGGGCACUUUCACAGCGGCACUUUAGGUAAAGUUAAUUAUAGUGGCGUUGGCCACUACAUGAAAAAAGUCUAAAUAUAAAAAAAAAAAAAUUAAAACAAAUAUGGAAAAUGUUUCUGCUUUGGAGAUCUAGGGAGGAUAAGUGUUAAGUAGUCUUUUUUGACAUAUCCGGUGUAGAGUAAGUUUAAGUAGUCUUUUUUGACAUAUCCGGUGUAGAGUAAGUUUAAGUAGUCUUUUUUGACAUAUCCGGUGUAGAGUAAGUUUAAGUAGUCUUUUUUGACAUAUCCGGUGUAGAGUAAGUUUAAGUAGUCUUUUUUUUUGGGUGUAUCCGGUGUAACAAAUAAAGGAAGUGCGGAUAAUCUUUGAUCUUAACAAAAGAUUUCCUUGUAGCAUAAACUCAUUUUUACAAAGCUCACUCUGUCUGUCUGGUAAAAAGUUAGUACACGUCAUUACUUUUUAGCUGACUAAAAAGUAGAAAGAUCAUUCAAUAUGACGUCCUUAGCAUUGCCAACUUUGUUUAUUUGAAAAUAUAUCACAAUAUUCAUCUCUUUUUUUUUUUUAAAUAAAUGCAUUUCCUGUGUGUUUUCUUAUAUCGACCCCCACAUUUCACAUAUCGCGUUUUUUUCUAUUUGUAAGUUACUGUGUUUUAUUGCUUGUAGAAUAGAAAUCGCCACUUAUUAAUUAAUUCAAAUGUACUUAAUAUUGAUUGUGAACAUUUCCAGAAACAUUAUAUUUGUAUAUACAUCUAUGUCCCUCGAAAUAUCUUCAGUGUGUUGUACAUACAUCUAUGUCCCUCGAAAUAUCCUCAGUGUGUUGUAUAUACAUCUAUGUCCCUCGAAAUAUCCUCAGUGUGUUGUACAUACAUCUAUGUCCCUCGAAAUAUCCUCAGUGUGUUGUAUAUACAUCUAUGUCCCUCGAAAUAUCCUCAGUGUGUUGUACAUACAUCUAUGUCCCUCGAAAUAUCCUCAGUGUGUUGUAUAUACAUCUAUGUCCCUCGAAAUAUCUUCAGUGUGUUGUAUAUACAUCUAUGUCUUUCGAAAUAUCCUCAGUUGUUUGUUUCUUUAUUCUUAACCUUGCAGAUAGUUUUGUUUAAAUGUAGUGCACUUUACACAUUGACGGAAUAAACAUUUUUCAAAGUUUUGUAAGUUCUUUUGUAGCAUUAAAAUGAAGUCUUUUAAAA